AUGGCGUGGUUCAGACGAGAUUCUCCCAAUACAGUCAGAGUAUGGGGCUACAAAUUUGAGCGCACAGACAAGCACCUGACUCUGGAACAAAUGAACCCGGCAAAACAGACUUGGGAUUAUCUUGGUGAAAAGGCAUUAAAUCGACUAAACGAGAUAUCGCCACCACCACCACCGCAGCCACGCAAUCCAUCUAAGAAGUCAGAAGGCAAAGAACCUUUUCCUGAUGAUGAGAAGCAACCGAAACCGGAUGUUAAACCUAAGAGGGAUUUGUUUGCUUUGCUUCAAGAGCAUGCUGCAGAGGAUGAGGUAUUGCAACAGUUGUGGCAACAAGUGAAUACAGUACCGGAUUGGGUGGACUGGGAUCAGAUUUCUCGUGGCCAGGAUGUCUUUUACAGAUAUGGUGGACCCGUUCUUACUGGACUGGCAUACCAAUCUCUUCUCGGUGGACUUGGUGCAGCUCGCGUGACCGAGGUUCUAUCGAGAACGGGAGGGUUUGCAGUAGACGUGGCGAGGAAUCGUCUCUUCGAAACCACACAAUUCCUUCUGCAGUGCACGAGGUCACUGAAAGACAUACAACCCGGAGGCGAGGGAUGGGCAGCCACGAUACGAGUACGCCUUUUACAUGCCACAGUACGAAACCGCAUCAUGAAGCUGGCAGAAACACGACCUGAAUACUUCGACACUGCAAAACUGGGAGUUCCUAUCAACGACAUGGACUGUGUUGGCACAAUCGUCAGUUUCUCAAGUGCGCUCAUCUGGAUCUCGUUACCACGCCAAGGCAUCUACCUACGUCCCCAAGAAAUCGAAGAUUACAUUGCGCUAUGGCGAUACAUAGCCUACGUAAUAGGUUGUCCAACCGAGGGGCUCCUAGAAACAAAAGAACAAAGCAAACGUAUUCUCGACAGCAUCAUGAUGUACGAAAUCGCGCCGACACGCACAUCACAAAUACUCGCCAACAACGUCAUCAGAAGUCUGCAAGAUAAACCGCCAGGCUAUGCAAGUGCAGACUUCCUGCUCGCGGGAGCUCGAUGGUUGAAUGGCAAUGAGUUAUGCGAUGCUCUGGCACUUCCAAAGCCAAAUAUAUACUACACACUUCUGAUGGCUGGUCAAUGUAUCUUCUUCGGAUUCUGGUGCUAUACAAACCGCAUGAACAAGUCCACGGACGCAAAGAAGUUGGUGGUGCUGCGAGACAUAUUCUGGAAGAUCAUCGUCAAGGGAGGACUAAAGGAAGAGACGACUUUCGAUUUCAAAUACGUGCCCGAGUACAGUAUUAUGACCGAGAUGGGUGGUGUCGAAGAAGUCAAGUUGUCGAGAGAGCUGGAAACGGCCAGCCUCAAAUGGUUGCUUAUGGGCAUUGGUGUAGUGUCAGUCAUCGGACUUGUGGUGGGUGGAAUUGGCUGGUUGGGAGCGCGUAUAGCAACCUGGACCAUUAGGAGUGCCUGGAACCUCUUGUAG